CGAAUAUUAUGUGAAUCCUCUUUGAGUUUAUGUUUUAGUGUCACGCUUGUAAAAUAACGUAUUUUUGACUACAAUGUUACGAUUAGGGUGUACUAUCAGAGGUCUUUGCUCGUUAAAUGCUCUGCCGAGACAAUCGUUUCAGGUAAGACUCGGCAAUUUAUCAAGAGGAUGCCGCAAGUUACUUACCACAGAGGCUUCUACAGCAACAGCAACAGCUGAAAUCUCUCCCAGAGCCUCCAAAAUAACAGGCUUCUGGUUAUUGGGAUGUGCUGGCAUGGCAGUUGGCUCCGUUGUUCUGGGAGGAGUCACACGGCUAACAGAAUCUGGUUUGUCAAUGGUUGACUGGCAUCUGAUCAAAGGAAUGAAGCCACCGACAACACAAGAGGAGUGGGAGAAGGAGUUUGAAAAAUACCAGAAGUUUCCUGAAUAUAAAUAUACCAACCAAGGAAUCAGUCUUGCCCAGUUUAAGUGGAUCUGGUACAUGGAGUAUGCUCACAGAAUGUGGGGUCGUUUGGUUGGAGUUGCAUUUUAUCUCCCAGCAGGAUACUUCUGGUACAAGGGCUGGUUUAAUAAGGGAUUGAAGAUGAGAGUUGGAGUGUUUGGAGCCCUGUUACUGAGUCAGGGUUUGAUGGGAUGGUACAUGGUGAAGAGUGGCCUUGAUGAAGAACAUAUCAGUAAAACAGAGAUACCUCGGGUCAGUCAGUACCGCCUUGCUGCACAUCUGUCACUUGCUUUUCUUCUGUAUUCUGGUUUGGUGUGGUGUGGCCUGAGUCAGUUCAUCCCUCAACCAAGAUAUGUAAUGACUUCACAACUAAGGCAGUUCAGAAGAUUUGCUCACACAUGCAAGGGCUUUGUAGCACUCACUGCUGUUUCAGGUGCGUUUGUCGCUGGUUUAGACGCUGGCCUUGUUUACAACUCUUUUCCCAAGAUGGCAGACCGUUGGAUUCCAAGCGACUUGUUCGCGCUCGAACCGAAAUGGAAAAACUUUUUCGAAAACCCAACAACAACUCAGUUUGUACACAGAAUUCUUGGAACAACCACUGUGUCUUCCAUUGCCAUUUUGUUUUUACUCGCGAGACCACUAAAACUGCCUGGAAGAGCUAACAUAGCGUUAAACUGUCUGCUGGGAAUGUCCGCUAUGCAGGUCACUCUCGGUAUUUCUACACUUUUGUUAUAUGUUCCAACUCAUCUCGCUGCGUUACAUCAAGCUGGUGCUGUGUCAUUGUUAACAAUUGCUCUUUGGCUCACAAACGAACUCCGCAAGCCCCUAGUACCAAAAUGAGGCCUCCUUGUACCAGUUGUUAACCAAAUUUCGGUUUUGGGCGACUGUUGCUGAGUUUAUAUGAGAAGACCCUGGCUGAGAAUAUAAGAGGAAGGCUGUUAAUUUAACGAAGAGAAAAGUUUGCAAGAUGUCAUUGGUACAUGCCUAUACACUCAGUACUGAAAGAAUUGAGCAUCUCUUUUAGGAUCUAGAUUUUAUUAAGCGUGCCAGACAUUGUUUUCAACAUACUUAAACACUUAAAGAAAGGGCAACGCUCUUUUCGAAGUUUUUCACGCAGCGAGCACGGUAGCCGGAGCAAUUUUCAAUUGAGGGUUGACAAUAGUCCGAAAUUGCUGUAGUUCUGCUCCGCUGCGCACAUUGAUUCAUCGCGAAAGUUGGCGCCAACUUUCCCACCAAUCAGGUGCAAUACUUAAACCAUUUGUGAUUUGGUCCCGGUUACAUUUAUCUUCUUCGCAGCCUUUGUUUGGCCUAGUCGUCACGCGAAGUAACCUCUUCCCACGCGUUGCGUGACGAGAUCAAACAAAGACGGAAGAAGGAAGCUACGGUUACGUGCGACUUCCUGCGCGUGACGGCGGCUACUUGUGUUCGCUCUGAGUUAUCAUUGGCUCCUGAUAUUUCCUUUGUUCUGAUUGGCCAGUGUGAUUAUUUUGCUUUUGCUACAAGGAUAUUCGUUAAGCUUGAUACGGUAGGGGUGCAAACUCGUUCAGAACUAUGAGUGCAUCUGACAGUAGGCGUACGUAUUCCUUCAUUCUUGUGCGUAAAGCUGAGCGAACCUAAAUUCAGUUUGAAUGUAAUUUAUGU